AUGCCAUUCGGGUUGAAAAACGCCCCACUAAUUUACCAACAGAUGAUCAACAAUUGCCUGCUAUUACCCGAAGAGGAGGCACUCGGGGAUCAGGAUGUGUUAGACUACCUGAAGUUGGACCGUCAGUCACCAAGGGACGAAAUGGAUGUGGAACGCAGUAUGACACCGCUAGUGGAGCAAAUGCGUAACAUUCCCGCGCCAUCCCAAAUGGGGCCAGUCUUGGGGUGCAGUUCGUAUAUUGAUGACAUCGCGCAUGGGGCGGCCACGUGGGAUCAACUAUAUAAAGAUUUGGACGCGCUGCUCUAUCGGUUACGGUACUGGAGUAUCUCAGUUAGCUUGCCCAAGAGCGAAUUCGGGAAGCGUGUCAUACCGUACCUCUCUCACGAAAUUGGUGCUGAAGGGAUACGUGCUACUCCGAAAAUCGUAAAAGGCAUUCAGGAGCUACCAUUUCCGUCUACCCUGAAAGAAGUCCUGUCAUUUCUAGGCAGUCUGAAUUACUACCACAAAUUCAUUGAAGACUAUGCUAUGACAGACGAUCAAGUGCGCGCAGGACGAGACUUGUCUCGAGCGAAGGAAUCCUUUGAGAUCCUGAAGAGGAAAAUCGUAUCUACACCUCUGCUCAGACAUCCGGAUCGAACGAAACCAUUCGUGAUCAUCCCUCAUGCAAAUCAGUGGGCUGCUUGUGCGGUUCUGGGAAAGGUGCAUGACGGACUUGUUCAGCCUGUUCGAUUCAGGGGGCGCGUCCUAAAUGACGCCGAGCUCAAGUAUCAUAUUGCUGAGAAGGAAGUUCUCGCUGUGAUGCGAGUUCUCCAUGUAUUCAAGAACCUGAUUGAAGGAUGUCCGUUGAUAAUCUACACUCGACAUUCAGUGUUGAAUUGGGUCAUCAAUUCCAAGACCGCCGAAGGCCGUCUGGUGCCAUGGGGCGUUGCUCUCUCACAGUACGACUUGGAAAUCCGGAAGGUUUGUCGAGAUGAGGAUGGUUUAGCCGCCAUUAUGGGUGCAGGUAUCACUCCUAGGGAGCACUUGGAUAAAGUCGCCGAAGUACUCAUUCCAGCCAAGGGGCGCGUCAAACCGCCUCCAGUCGUGAGUGACGAAAUGCUCUCAGAAGAGUACUCCGGGGUAGUCCUGAGUUUCGAUGGUGCGGCCAAAACCUCCACGAGGAAGGGCAGCUGCGGAUGCAUUCUGUGUCAGUUACCUGAAUUUAAGGUUUUGGAUGCUCGAGGAUACAUCCUGGACAGAGUCACCGUCAACGACGCGGAAUACUUUGGACUGCUUAAAGGGCUUGCAAUGGCUUUGGAAAGAGGAAUUCAGAACAUAGUCGUUGUGGGUGAUUCGAAAAUUGUGAUUCAACAAGUCCAAGGCCUGAUUAAUUGUAACCAGCCUAAUCUCCAAAGGAGGCUAGCUGAAUGUGAAACUCUGAAGAAGCAUUUCCAGGCGAAACGAAUGGUACACAUAAAGCGCGAGUUCAACCAGGCCGCUGAUUACUUGACCUCAAAGACUUUUGUCCAAGGUGAAUCCUGGACUGUCCAGGAUGUUCUCGAGAAACGACACCUGGAAAUAGUGUCUAAGAUUCGCUAG